ACAGAAAAUAAUAUUUUGCAUUAAAUAUUUUCUGUGCGACCACGACCUUUGCUUGUUUUACAUUAUUCCUAAAAAUCGAGAGUUUCGUUCCAAUUUGACACGUCCCGCGUUGUGUACGAGUACAUUAGAGAACUCUAUAUAAUGGCACACGUGCGAAUUGCCAUAAACCGCCUUUUCGCAUUCCGGGGCGACAUUUUAAGUUUUCCGUUGAGGAGUCAGUGCUGCUUUUUUGCAAGCAAGGCUGCCAAGAUGUCGCUUCCCAGGGUGUUCUUCGAUAUUUCUGCCGACGGUGCCCCUCUUGGCAAGAUUGUGAUGGAGCUUCGUUCCGAUGUCACCCCGAAGACCGCCGAGAACUUCAGGGCCCUGUGCACUGGAGAGAAGGGCUUCGGGUUCAAGGGCAGCAUUUUCCACAGGAUAAUUCCCAACUUCAUGUGCCAAGGUGGAGAUUUCACGAACCACAACGGCACUGGCGGAAAGUCCAUCUAUGGCACGAAGUUCGAGGAUGAGAACUUCAUGCUGAAGCACACCGGUCCCGGAAUCCUGUCCAUGGCCAAUGCUGGACCAAACACAAAUGGGUCCCAGUUCUUCCUUACAACUGUCAAGACUGCCUGGUUGGAUGGAAAGCACGUUGUUUUUGGCCAGGUCGUAGAAGGCAUGGAUGUUGUGAAGAAGAUGGAGGGCUUUGGCAGCCAGAACGGCAAAACCUCGAAGAGGAUUGAGAUUGCCAACAGUGGCCAGUUGUAAAGUGACAAGGUGUUUUUGUCAGACAGCUUUUUCAUGUGUUGCCCAAAUUGCUCCUAUGACUUCAAUUUUUAGCCAUGAUAGUCUGAUCAAAUUGGUUUCCUACUUAUCCACGUUAUUCCACCCCUGGGUACACUGAUAUCAAAAGACUGGCAAUAGCUUUCCCUAUCUCUUAACCUAACCACAUUAAUGAAAUAAAGUGUACCACAGACA